AUGUCAGGUUACGACUUGUUUUGCAAACGCGUGUGUGCCGACGUCAACCUGGUUAAAAGGAUGGGUAUCUAUUGUGAAUAUGAGAAGCAUUCGGGGUGUGUCAACUCAUUGCACUUCAAUGAAUCUGGUAAUUUGGUGGCCAGUGGCUCAGAUGACCUGCAGGUUGUUGUUUAUGAUUGGACGAAAGAAAAAGAAGUAGUUAAGUUUUUAUCCAAUCACAGCUCAAAUAUCUUUCAAACCAAGUUCCUGCCAAACUCAGGCGACAGUCACAUUGUAACGUCUGCCCGAGAUGGACAGGUGAGGCUAGCUCAGCUAUCCAGUACUGGCUCUUGCAGAAGUCACAAGAAGUUGGCGCAACAUAAAGGACCAGUUCAUAAAAUCUCCUUGUUCUCCGACUCUCCCGAAGAGCUGUACAGCUGUGGUGAGGACGGCAAUGUUUUCCACAUUGAUCUCAGACUGGAUAAGCUGGCGUCGUAUGUUGUUUCGUCCUUUACAGUGAAGCACAAGUCGAAGAAGGUUGGCUUGAACUCAGUAAGUAGCAAUCCAAUGAAUUCUGUGGAGUUGUGUGUCGUCGGCAGGGACCCGUAUGUUAGGAUAUAUGACAUUAGAAAAGUUGAUACGGACAACAAGGAGGACAACUGCAUGAAGAGGUUUCGAGCUGAAUUCGUCAAGUCUGAUUACAUGCACAUGACCUGUGCUGUCUACAACCAUAUUGGGACAGAAAUUGUUGCCUCUUACAGCAAUGAUGACAUUUACCUGUUUGACACCUCGCACUCUAACAAUGCUUCAGAAAUCAAAAGAUACACAGGACACAGAAAUUCUGCUACUGUAAAAGGAGUGAACUUCUACGGACCGGAGUGUCAGUACGUUGUUAGUGGCAGUGACUGCAGCAACGUCUUCAUAUGGGACAAACAGUCAACAGAGGUUGUCAACGUCAUGCAUGGAGAUGAUCAAGGAGUGGUAAAUGUGGUAGAGCCUCACAAACAUCUGCCCAUGUUGGCGACCAGUGGAUUGGACAACAAAGUGAAAUUAUGGAUGGCCCACAAGAAACCUCAAUCACUCAUGGCUAACCUGCCUGCGAUAAUGAAGAAAAAUGCUAAGAAUCGAAAGUCUGACAGAGAGGCCUCAUUGUUUGAUGACGGUCACCUGCUCUGGUUCCUCAUGCAGACGUUGAGGAGAUCGCACAGAGAAUCAGACGACUCCAGCGCCGACAGUUCAGACAUGAUGCCUCCCCCAGAUGAUGAUGACGACGACGAUGAUGACGAUAAUGAUGUCGAUGAAGGUGGUCCAUAUUCACGCGACGUUCAAUGUGCGGCUUCAUAAGAGGAUGUUUGAUUGAUGGCCAUGUUAUAUAGUAUUCUUAUACUCCCGUAAAUCACCUUGAAACAUCGUAUGUAAAUAUUAUUAUGCAAAAUCAAAUAUCCCACUGAAUGAUAUAUUUAUAUAUAUAUAUAAUUAUUAUUAAUUACAAUUAUUCCGGUUCAAGCCUUUUCAUUUUUGUAAAUUCGUUAACAUCACGGACGCUUUGCACGUUAAAUUAACCAGCAUGCAUCUCUUGAACACGAACACUUUAACAACAAGCUCAGCACACGAUCGAUCUUCACCUUCUCGUCAGAAACUGGCCACGUUUAUAUUUGCAAUCAUUGAACAACUUCUCAAACCCCUCGGUCAUUUUCCUCGUAUCGACCAAACGACAUACAAACCGUUUGAUCAUACCUGUGAUUGUAAUUGAUUGACUCCUCACGUCGAAAGUUUUCUUCUGUUGAUUUCGAUUUUUGUAUAGAAAAAAAUAGAAGCCAAUCAUUUUUUUGA